AUGGACUGCUGCAUCUGCAGCCCCAUGGCGUCCGUGUACAGGCUUCCGAGGAACGCCAUCUGUGCUCCCUGCCACGAGGGCGCCAAGGCCAUCAUCGGAUUUCUGAACAAGGCUGAUGAGCAGCAGCAAGAAGAGGGCGGCCAUGGCUCUGUUCUCAAGUCCAGAGUGUCCAUGAUGAAGCCUGACAGCGCAACCAAGGGGAUGAAGGACGCGUGGGAGCAGUUGAAGGAGAUGAGAGGCAGGGAGGAGGAGGCCCACCAGAGAGCUGCCUUCCUCGCGCAGGGCCUGGCGAUGGCGUGGAAGGAGGGAGUCCACACCGACAUCGUCGUGAAACCGGGCGCUGGGCCCCCAAUCCCGGCCCACAAAGCCAUCCUGGUAAGUAAGUGGGCUGCAUACUGGUUGCGAACAAGUGGGCCUUCAUUCCCUGCAUGCAUUUCAAACGAAGCCCAGCCAGCCCAUGAGAUAGUUAAUCUCACGUCUGAUCUGAUGCACACGCACGCACGCAGGCCGCGAGGUCGGAGGUGUUCCGCCACAUGCUGGCCGCCGACGAGCGCCGCAAAGGCCCCGCCCGGCGACGCCAUCUCCUCUCCCCGGAGCGGACCCACGACGAGCUCGCCUCUUCCUCGCCUUCCUCUACACCGCGCUACUGGAGGGGCAGCGGGCGGCGGCGGCUGCCUCCAGGUCCCGGAGGAGCGGCAGCUGCACGCGCUCCUCUUGGCGGCCGACAAGUACGAUGUCCCGUUCCUGCGGCGGGCCUGUGAGGCGCGGCUGGCGGCGGCCGUGGACUCCUCCAACGUGCUGCGCACGCUGGAGGUCGCAGAGCUGAGCUCCAGCGCGGCGCUCAGGGAGCGCGCCAUGGACAUGGUGGUGGAGCACGCCGAGCAGGUGGUGUUGUCGCCCGAGUACGACGACUUCGCCGUCAGGAACGCCGGGCUGUGCGUCGAGAUCACCCGGCGCUGCUGCUGGCCAAGAUGCCGACUGUAA